AUCUCGCGAGACCUGUGUGAACUGAGCUGGGCUAUGCGAGAAUGAUCAGCAAUGAGUUGUGAGUAAAGCUGCUGCGCUGCUUAAGCGUAGGACAGUUGUGUUGCGCCAGUUGUUCAGACUCUCCAAUGUUCACUUAUCCAGAAUGCCCUUUCAAGUGAAGCCCCGGUUUGUAGUUCUGUAUGGGUCCCAGAAGGGUCAAGCCCAGUCGAUUGCUGAAGGGAUAGCAGAGGAGGCAGAGACGCAUGGGCUUGUUGCUGAUCUCAGCUGUCUGAGUGACAAGGACAAGUACGACUUGGACCGAGAGAAAUCACCUGUGGUGUUAGUUGUCUCAACUACAGGCGAUGGAGAACCACCGGACAAUGCACUGAAAUUUGUAAAAAGCAUCAAGAAGAAAAGCCUGUCUACAGACCACUUCAAAGAUCUUACCUAUGCACUUUUGGCUUUAGGUGACACAAACUAUGCAAAUUUCUGCAACUGUGGGAAGACGAUUGAACGUCGGCUCCAAGAACUGGGUGCAAAACAGUUUUAUGAGACAGGGUAUGCAGAUGAUGGUGUAGGGCUUGAGGUUGUCGUUGACCCCUGGCUUGAAGGGCUGUGGCAAGUAAUCAAAGAAGCUGUAUCAAACACAGUGUUGGAUGAAAACAGUCCCUUGAAAAUGGAUGCAGCAAAGGAAACUCCAGAUAUAUCACUGCCCGAUCUCCACCUCAACCUCUUAAGCAUCAACGGCCAUGAAACCUGCUCAUCAGCCGAGACACCUGUAGGGUCAGAUGCCAAAUCACCAUCAGCUGAAUCAGCUUCAGGGUCUGCUAUAAAUACUGCCGUUUCUGAUGUCAAAUCAGUUUCAUCUGAUACUGCCAGUAUAUUCGCAGAGGAGUUGAAAACAAAGACUGUUGAAAUGGGAUCUUCGCUUACAUCCUCUGUACCACCGCUAUCAGAGUCGCCCUUAAAUGUCCCUGCUCUUCCACCUGCCUAUCUUGAAGUGUCCCUGCAAGGAGUCAACACGGUGAAUGAGGUGAUGGGGCCGUUACUCAGAGACAAACUUUCUGAGGUUCCGGUAUCGCGAGCGGUCCAGUUGACCCGGGGAGAUUCAGUCAAAACUGCACUCCUACUAGAGCUGGAUAUUACUGAUCACCCAAACUUGGCGUAUCAACCAGGAGAUUCGUUUGAUGUGUUCUGUCCCAACAACCCCUCUGAAGUUGCAGCAUUACUCCAAAGAUUGGGUUUGGAGAGUCAAAGGAACCAUCAAGUUCAAGUUAACUUGCGUAACGACACCAAGAAAAAAGGUGCUCAACUUCCUGUUCACAUCCCUCAGAAUAUUUCUCUAAAUUUCCUCUUCACAUGGUGUCUUGACUUUAGAAGUGUUCCGAAGAAGGCUUUUCUUCGAACUUUGGUGGAGUAUACAACGGAUGGUGCGGAAAAGAGAAGGAUACAAGAGCUGUGCAGCAAACAAGGUGCUAUCGACUACAACCUGUAUGUCAGAGAAUCCAGUCUCAGUGUUUUGGAGCUUCUGACAGCCUUCCCAUCAUGCUCACCGCCUCUCAGCGUCCUUGUUGAGCACCUGCCGAAACUGCAGCCGAGGCCUUAUUCAGCAGCCAGCUCCUCUGAAAGACAUCAAGGGAAACUGCAUUUUGUCUUCAAUGUGGUUGAAUUCCCUGCUCAACUGUGGCGGCCUAAGGGGAGGCGAGGCUUGUGUACCGGUUGGCUGUCUGAUCUCAUCAAUAGCAUUCUGAUAUUCCGUGCAAGUGGUGACACCAUUAGCAGCCCGGUUCAGGAAAAGCCUCAGAUCCAUGUGAGUUUGAGACCCAACUGCUCCUUUCGAGCUCCGACUGACCCCUCAGUGCCCUUUAUCAUGGUGGGGCCUGGCACUGGGGUGGCACCCUUCAUUGGCUUUCUUCAGCAGAGAGAGUUUCUGAGGCUACAAAAUCCAGAUACAGACUUUGGAGAGACUUGGCUGUUCUUUGGUUGCCGCCACAGGGACAGAGAUUACCUGUUCAGAGAUGAACUGGAGGGAUUUGUGUCCAACCAUACCCUAAACCACCUCAAGGUGUGUUUUUCCAGAGAAACCGAGGAGGACAGAGACACAGCUGCUCAUCCCAAAUACGUCCAACACAACAUGCUUCUCUACAGUCAGCAAAUCAUGAACAUCCUGUUUGAUCAGGGCGGUUUCCUCUACGUCUGCGGAGACGCAAAGAACAUGGCGAAGGAUGUGAAUGACUCCCUGCUGGAAAUGAUCCGGACACACCUUAAAGUGGAUCAAUUGGAAGCCAUGAAGAGAGUUGCUAGGCUGCGGGAGGAGCGGCGCUACUUACAAGAUAUCUGGGCCUGAAUUGUUCUGCUCCUGUGCCCAUCACAUCAAGCUGACCAUGACGAUAAAACUCCUCUUGCUGUCUGAACAAAACAACCUUGUCCAAGGACGGCAGCAAUUCAGAUUGUUCCUGUACUGUGGAGUUGCUGUGGAGUGUUCCCAAUCGCUCUGUUUGUCCUGUCUGGGGAGAAGGAAUUUGCUUUUGCCGCCUUUGAUGGAGUGAUUUCAACCAGAGUGGAAAGUGGGAUAAUGCUGCUCACUAGAUAAACAGAGCGGUAAUCUGUAGUCCACCGACAGCAAACACACAAUGAAUUGUUUAUUGUCUUACCAGAGGAGCGCAGAGCUUGGGUUUUGUUGUCCAACUGGGUGAAGCAAACUACCCAGCAGAAUACACACUACAUCCAUUUUAAACAUGUUUUCCUCCUGAAAAUGAUUUGGAGAAAUUCAUAAAAGAAAUGUCUGGAAAAUAAA